AUGCAGUUCAUGCGUAGACUCACCUUGGUUUCGGCCCAGCAACAAUUCAUCAUCCGAGCCUAUCACAUCCCAGAAAUUCAGACGAUUGGCGCCAGCCGCGGACCCUCUGCCAACUCCGGUCCCACUGUUUUCAGCCACCAUCUUCAACUGACCCCGCUACUAGAACACCUAAUCUCUGCCUCCCAAGAUGCCAUCCUCAACAGCGUCGCCCCCAGAACACUCUCAUCAUACCUCACCGGAUGGAAUAGCUUUAAAGCCUUCCACGCUUCCCUCGGCCUUCCAUUCCCCUCACUCGACGUCCUGACCCUCACGAACUUCAUCACGUUCGCCCAUUCACUCCUCAAGAUCAAGCCUUCCACUAUACGGGUCUACAUAAGCGGAAUCAACUUCUUCGCCAAACUUUCCUCAGGCACUCCUUGUCCAGCUGCGUCCCACUUACACAUCACCAUGUUACUCAAAGGUCUCCGUAAAGCCGAACCACACCCUACGCCUAAACGUCUGCCCCUCACCUCGGACCUCCUUACCCGCUGCAUCCAAACACUCCGUUCAGGCUACCUAUCUCCCUUCAUGGACAAAGCAUUGGAGUCCAUGUUCUUGCUGGCCUUCUUCGGCUUCCUGCGCUGCUCAGAAUUCACCGCUCAGAACUCUGACCACCAUCCAUCGCAACACGCCACCAUGUCCGACAUCUCCAUCCACCAUCCUGACACCAUCAUCUACCACCUCAAACGCAGCAAGACCAACCAGUCUGGUCCGCCCCAGCCCAUCUACAUCUUUCGACUAAACUCAUACCUGAGUCCAUUCAAACCCAUAUGCGACUACAUAAGCGCAAGAUUAGCCAGCGGAACUUCUCCACAGGACCCACUUUUCAUCACAGAGACAGGCAAAGGGGCCACAAGAACCUGGUUUCACCACCACUUCCGCCAAAUCCUCCAUAAAUCCGGUAUACACCCGGAAUAUUACUCAGGCCAUUCAUUCCGCAUCGGGGCCGCCUCCACCGCCUCAAGCCAAGGAAUCCCCGACCACGUCAUCAAGAUCCUCGGCCGCUGGUCGUCCCCCGCGUACCUCACCUACAUCCAUUCCAACCUAAAUGACAUCAGAAACGCACAUCAGCACCUGUCCUCUUGA